AUGGCCUCUUUCGGACUCCGCAGCGCGGUCCAGCCCCUCCUCCGCCCUUUGUCCGGUGGCUGGCCCGGGUCUCUGCAGGCGGGUUCCCCCAGCCAAGUCAGGCGGCGCGGGGCGCUCCGGGAGCUCCGGGUGCUACUUGUUGCAUUUCUGCACAAAACUGUUUCUCCGGGUGUGCGUCGGGGGGCGGAGGGAGGGAGGGAGUCAGACCUGAGCUUUUUGUUUGCAGCUGAGUCCGGAGAGCUGGAUUCCCUGGCACGGAUUCUCCCCGCCGAGCGGAUUCCCCAGCUGCAGGCGGGAGCCCUUCCAAGAGCUCCUCGGGGCGCGGCUUGGCUGCUGUGUCCCGGCGGCUCCGGCCCCCGCAGCUCGCGCCUCCUGGCUCUCGGUCCCGGACCAGGAGCGCGGCCUCGGUGGAACAGCCGGGGGAGGAGCCGGGGGUGCGCAGGCUGCGUCCGGAAGGGACCCAAGUCGGCGAGUGGCGGGCAAACCGGGCGGAAAUUCGUUCUUCCCACACUCUGCCCCCCGGGGAUGCAGGCGGAGAAAGAGGAGACGGCGGAGGGAGGACAGACCCCGACAGGGGGAGGAGGAAACGCUAAGUGGCUCCGCGUCUGGUCAGCCCAAGCCGGGGACGCCGAGUGAGAAAAGUGCCUCUAAGGAAGAUUUACAAAGUCAUCAGAUCGCUGCAGAUGUUCAGUAUUUCUCAGUGUCUUUGGUGUUAUUGCCCGGCGUUUAACACUCCUUCCGGUAGUGCUGGACUGCAGGUAGAAAUAAUAUCGUACGUGGUUUCUGUCAAAAGACAAUUUCUUUUCCAUAACGUUCCAUUUUCUUGAAGUAAUCCACCUGCUACCUAUAGUUAACCUUGCUUAAAAUAGAUAUAGUGUGCCAUACUUCAAAUAAGUAUACACAGCUUUUGAUAGGUGUUGCUUGUGCCCUCAGUCAGUUUCAGUAAGACUUUGAAAUCUACAGAUGAAGUGGUAACAUAUAUGGGGGCUCAGUGCAGAUUAAUGCUUUCUGAAAAAGCGUGGUUACUGUCUUUUUAACAAAUGUUUCCCUUUCUAGAGGCAUGUAACUUGAGGUCAUCUUUAAAAAUGAAUGACAUUUAAAUCCUUCAGAGUACAUUUAUGCCAUGUUCCUAUGCGCCCCCCCCCCCCGCUUGGUCUCCAUUUCUGUAAUGCUACACGGUUCAGGUGUUUGAUUUAUUUUUAGACCAUCUCUCUCUUCCAGGAGUUAAAACAGUGUUUUGCUUGAAUUCGGCAGUACCUAGAGUCCCUGGUAGUGAAGAGCUAUCAUAGCAACUCCAAAACUGCAUUUGCUUUGAAUGCUGGUUGAUCAGGCAGGAAGAAUUUAGUGAGACUCUACCAAGUGCCAAAUCCCAGGGUGCGACAGCUCAGUGGGGAGGCUGAUGGGCAAGGAGCGGGUGUAGCACCGAGUGAGAAGCAUUGUGGGAGUUGGGGGCGGGGGUAGCUAUAGGAGUCCUGAGAGGGCACCUGGCCUGGACUGAGAGCUUGAGGAAGGUUUCCAGAGGAGGAAAGUGCUGGGAGCCUGCAGAUCCAUGCGAGAGAGGCCCUUAGGAACCUCCAGAUCUUCUGUCUUUGUUGAUGAGAUUUUUUUGACAUCUGGUUUUUUUUUUUUUUUUAACAGUAUCACACAACUUCACUCAUACAAGGACUUCCAAAUAAAUACUCCCUUACUCCUUUUUAAGCACUUCUGCAGGUAAGGACUUCUACCUAAGACACUGAUUUCAUCGUAUUUGUACUGCAGCAUCAAGAGGCAUCUCUGCUAAAUAAAGCAGGUGCUCUCCAGAGAAAAUGUUAUCUGUCUGGUUCCUGCCUUCUAGAACCUUGAAAUCUGUGACAGUGGGUUUGUGUGGAAUGCGGGUGUGCAGUUGAUAGAACAUCCAGACCAAGGUGUUCACUUACAUGAAAUAUACAUAGGUAUAGAUACAAUGUA